AUGGCGACCCGACCACCCAUGAUGCCGCCUCAUAAUGAAACGCAACACUCCGUCAGCCGAAUCACUCGCGAAGGUAAAAAGCUCACAUACAAUUUGAGUGUGAUGCAACAACCCGAGCGGGCCAGAGCCUGCGGGGCUGGCGCUAAAUCGUCGGCCGACCGUCGCCCCGUUGACCCUCCACCCGUGGUUGAACUGCGGAUUUACGAAUCAGAUCCCGCCAACGAGGCACAGAAAACCGAUAUCACCUUCGCCUAUAAUGCCAAUUUCUUCCUUUACGCAACCUUGGACACGGCGCGCCCCAUCGCUCACGGGCGGGUGGCUGGUCCGCCGUCGUGUCCCGUAUUAACAGGAGUGCCCGUCGCGGGGGUAGCAUAUCUCGACCGCCCAUCCCAAGCUGGCUACUUUAUCUUCCCCGAUUUAUCAGUGCGCCAUGAGGGUCGAUACCGUCUGAGUUUCCAUCUAUAUGAAGAGAUUAAGGAUGCUAAGGAUGCUGAUCAAGAUUCAAACACGCCACUACCCAACCAGGUAGGCCGCGCGAAUUCAGCAAAGCCUACCUCACCACAAACAUACUUGCAUUUCCGCCUCGAGGUGAAGUCGGUCCCAUUCACCGUCUAUAGCGCCAAGAAGUUCCCGGGUCUGGCUACUAGCACAUCUCUGAGUCGCAUCAUUGCGGAACAGGGAUGUCGCGUUCGCAUUCGUCGCGAUGUUCGCAUGAGACGCCGGGGAGACAAGCGAGAUGAGGAAUACGAAUAUGACGAAGGAAGUACGGCGGUGUACCCCCGGUCCGAUCGGUACUCGACGCCAGAUCGUUACGUCGCACAGACAGUGGAACGCCCUCGGUCGAACAGCAAUGGCAGUGGUGCGAUGGAGUCGCCCUAUGGAUUUGGACCCGAUAUACAACGACGACCUUCAGCUCCCGACUACGGCUUCCAAUGCCCACCACAGCCCUACCAACGGCCCAUGCCACCCGCGCCUAUGCCUCACGCCCAGACCCCCUCCUACUCAUCCCACCUUUCCUUUGGCUCCACACCCAGUCACUAUCCUGCUCCUCACAUGCCUCCAACGCCUCCGCCAGUGGCACCACCGGGCACGUACUCUCCUCACACAGGCUAUGCCAAUAUCCGACAUCCCUCAGCUGCAACCGAAUACGAGGCGUCACCCGUAGGGUAUCCUAUGGCACCCCAGAUGACCGAACCGAGCGGUUAUCCAAAGAACACCAUUACCUCAUACCGCGUGGAGCCGCCCAAAGUACAACAAUACAUCGUGCCUGAUCCGUCUCAAUACCAGACUAUGCCUCAGGGCAUGAUACCCAGCGCACCGACACCAACACCUGGCCUUUCUGCUUACCCUGCACCUUCUCUCAAGAAUAUGUCCAAUGAGUAUGUGAACCUAGAUACAACCAUCGAGGUUGGCUCACCGAGUCCCGGAUACGAUGCCGUUUCAGGGAAGCGGAUGCUGUACCAUACCGGACCCGUUGGCGGCAAGCGAUCACACGAAGAUUCAUUCGGGCUUGAUGACCGGUCGAUGCAAAACGGCAUGCGUCCAGACGUGGAUCCCUAUCCAACUGCCUAUCGUGACUUCUCUGCCGAGAGUCGCGCUGCCUUGAUUGCUGAGCUGGGAGUUGAUAUGGCAUACAAGCGUGCGAACGGGAGAAUGGUCAUGAAAGUUCCUCCAAACGUGCAAUAA